AUGCCGCCAGGCAUUCCCCCCCCACUCCCCCCUCCUGACCCCCAUGCAGGCAACCCAUCGAUCCGCACGCUAACGGAAUCGAUUCAUAGCCGACUGGACGCGUCCGCGGACGUGAACAUGGAUACCGCUACGGAAGAUAGCCCCGCCCCUGCAACUAGCCGACAACAGCCACAAGCCCCGCCCCCGGAAGAAUUCCCACUGCUGAACUUCUUCAGAGCGCUCCGAGCCGACCCAAACAGAAGAAGCGAAACGGGUACCUUGAACCUUGACGCGACGACGGAAGCUCUACUCCUCCAGCUAAUUGAAAGCGAGGCCAGACGGAGCAGCGACCUCAAACUGUUCACCGAAGAAUUGCGGGGUUUUUGGGUCGACUUGCUUUUCUUUCUUCCUUUGCUUCUUUUCCAGGCCACUCAUCCUCCAGAGGAAUCUUAUUCGACCGUCUCCUGCUGCGUCUCUGAGGUUUCUUCUUGA